AUGAACAACGAACAAUUCCGCCAACUCCUGCUCUCCAAGAGCUCCAAUUCUUCGUCAUCUAGCAAAGAUGGCACCUCCUCAACCCCAUCAUCAUCAACCGCACGCCCCCUAGCGCUAGGUUCGAAACUCCGGCCUAGCAUCCCCAUGACCCCGCGACCCGGCAGCACCGCAUCCGCGCGCAUCGACUUCGCCAAACAGCUUGCCGAGCGCAACCAAGCCUUCGAGCAACAAACACAAAAACAACAGAUGAAAUUCAAAGCCAGCGCGCCAAAGGGGGUAAAAUUUGCCCCAGGCUACGUCGACCGCGCUAAGCAGAGACAGGAAGAAGAGGACGAGCGGGUGCGACGGAUCAGGGCGCUAGAGGAGUCGUACAAGAAGGGGGAGAUCGACAGGGAGACGUACGAGAAGUUGCAGGUGGAGAUUGCAGGCGGGGAUUUGGAGACGACGGGGUUGGUGAAGGGGUUGGAUUAUAAGUUGUUGGAGAGAAUACGGAGGGGGGAGGAUGUUUGGGGGGGUAACAAGGAUAAGGGGAAGGAGGAGAAGGAGGGGGGGCAGGAAGAAGAACAGCCCGAGGAUGAUGCCGACGCGAUCCUGGAGCAGCUCGAGUCGACCGAGGUGAAGGCCAUUACCAGGGAGAAGACACAGAAGAAGGGACAAUUCGCCACGACGGGUCUCGUGCCUGGCCAAAAGCGAACGCGUAACCAGAUCCUGGCUGAGUUCAAGGCGCAGCGGGAGGCCGCCAAGGCGAAACAACAAUCUAGUCUUGGGUCACGGUUCAAGAAGAUUGGCGAGCAGAAAACACCAGGGACAAGGAUAGAGCGCGACAGCAAGGGGCGGGAGGUGUUGAUUAUCAUUGACGAGGAUGGCCAUGAGAGGCGAAAAGUACGGAAGCUGGAUACCCAGGAGGAGCGGGAGGAGGAUGAGCGUACGCGCCUAGAGAGGGAGAAGGAGAGGGAAGCCCUGGCCUCGGGCAAGGUGCUCGGUAUGGAGGUGCCGGAGUACUAUCGAAGGCAGCAGGAGGAGAAAAAGGAGGAGGAGGAAGAUGGGGAGAUUAACAUAUUUGACGACGUUGGGUCGGAUUACGAUCCAUUGGCAGAGUUAGAGGGCUCGGGUGACGAAUCUGGAGAAGACAAGGAAGAGAAGAAACGCAAAGAGCCCAAAGAGACGGAAAAGAAGGAAGCUUCGGAAGAACCCAAAGCCCCUCCCCCCCCACGGAAUUACUUCAAAGACUCCAAGUCGGAGCUCCUUUCUCGAGAAGAAUACAAAGCGCCAUCACUCGACGACCCCGCCUUCCUGGCGGCCCUGCGCAAAGCCAAAGCGGCUGGUCUUCUCGAAAAGAAAGAGGAAGAGCGCAAGGCGGCCGAGAGAGAGGAGCGCCUGCGCAAGAAGUUGGAGGAGCUGCAUCGCGACGACGAGGACUUGGACCUGGGUUUUGGUUCGAGUCGGCUGGAGGACGAUGCCGAUAUGGAGGAGGGCCACGUCAAGUUAUCUGCGUGGGAUGAAGAUGAUGAUGAUGACGAUGAUGGGGCUGGAGGGGGAGGGAAGAAAGGGAAGAGGAAGAGGGGCAAGAAGAAGAUGGAUAAGAAUAAGUUUGAGGAUGUCAUGAAGGUGAUUCAGCAGAGGAAGGCAUCCGCUGCCAAAGGGUGGCCAUUCAUCCCAUGCAAGCUGGUGCUCUAUAGAUGGCGGUUUAGUGUGGAGCUGCGCCGACGCUCUGGAUCCAACGGCUCCAGCGGCUCCAGCGGCUCCAGCGGCUCCAACGGCUCCAACGGCUCCCCCGCUCUCAGGGCCCUCAGCAGCUGGAAGGGGCGUAUAAAAGUGGCCCUCCUGUUUCAUGACACCUUCGCCAUCCUCUUAGCCGCCUAUCACCCAGCCAUCCGCAUCCUCGGCGUUUCGACCGUGUUUGGAAAUGCUUCUCUGGAAAAAACCACAAACAACGCCCUCUCCAUCUUAACCGCCAUCCAUAAAGCCGAUUCCAUCCCCGUCUACAUCGGCUCCCCGCACGCCCUCACCCGUCCCCCGCUCCCCGCACCAACCGACAUCCACGGCGACUCCGGCCUCGACGGCACCUCUCUUUUGCCCAAACCCAAGGUCUCAGCACGUACCUCCCCGCCUGCUAUCGACGCCGCCUAUGCAGCCCUCAAGGCCUGCAAGCCCGGCACCGCGUGGGUAGUCGCCACAGGGGCGUUUACCAACAUCGCAAAGCUGUUUAUGACGUACCCCGAUUUAAUUGGGCAUAUCAGGGGGUUGUCCCUUAUGGGCGGCGCGUUGGGAGGGGGUUUUACGGACGCAGUGCUGGGCGUCGUAGAUGGGGUUCCCAGGGCGGGGAACUGGACGCAGUACGCCGAGUUUAACGUCCUUGCCGACCCGGAGGCGGCCGCCUUUAUCUUUGGAAACAAGGAACUAGCUGCCAAGACGACGCUCAUACCCCUGGAUGUGUCACAUCUCGUUCUGACGACCUCGACCGUCCGGGAUCUGUUGUUAUACGGUCGUGAAGGCGUCGAGAAACGCCAUCCGAUGGGCGGCUCCCCUUCCCCAACAACGCCCACCCCAAGCCCCGAGGGGGCCAGACUCCAAGGCAAAACCCCCCUGCGCACAAUGCUCGUCGAACUCCUCCUCUUCUUCGCAAAAACUUACGCCGAAGUCUUCUCCAUCACCGAAGGCCCCCCACUCCACGACCCUCUCGCCGUGGCUGCGGUCCUCACCGGACUAAGCGAGACACACCCCCACCUGAAGGAGCACGAGAUCCCGUUUAUCGAGCACGAUCCCUCUAUCACAGAACCGGGGCUGGCGCAGCCGGAGAGAUAUGAGGUGAGCGUGGUCACGGAGGGGUCGUACGAGGAUGCGCUUUUGAGGGGAGCCAGGACGGGGCAGAUUGUAGCGAAGAAGUUGCCUCCGGGUACGCCGGGGGUGAGAAUUCCGAGGAGACUGGAUGUGGCGCUGUUUUGGGAAGUUUUGGAGGAGUGUGUACAGAGGGCGGAUGAGGCUGUUGCGAGGGCUGAGGAAGGGGGCAAAGCUGAAUAA